GCGGCGGCUUCAGCGGCAUCGGUGGUGUUUGAGCGGAGAAAGAUGGCGGCUCCCGGUGUCUCUGGGUCCCGCCAGCUGUGAGGCGUCCCCUCCCCAGAGUGCGGCCAGCACGGCCUCAGGCCGAGCGCCUCUGCUCUGGCACUGACCCCUUGUCUCUCCCCCUCGUCGCCAGCGAAGCGAAGCCGAGAACGUGGUGCGGGCUGGGCCAGUUGUUGAGUGGAAUGUCAUGGCCAGCUCCUCGGACAGUGAAGAUGACAGUUUCAUGGCUGUGGACCAAGAAGAAACUGUACUGGAUGGGACAAUGGGGCAAGAUGAGGAGCCCCACCCAGCACUGGAAAUUGAGGAGACUCGGCAUAACAGAUCCAUGUCUGAACUUCCAGAAGAGGUUCUGGAGUACAUCCUGUCCUUUCUCUCACCUUAUCAAGAACACAAAACUGCAGCCCUUGUCUGCAAACAGUGGUAUCGACUUAUCAAAGGUGUAGCCCACCAGUGUUACCAUGGUUUCAUGAAGGCUGUCCAGGAAGGAAACAUUCAGUGGGAGAGCCGAACUUACCCUUAUCCUGGAACUCCUAUCACUCAGAGGUUUUCACACAGUGCAUGUUAUUAUGAUGCUAAUCAGUCUAUGUAUGUAUUUGGAGGCUGUACCCAGAGCAGCUGCAAUGCAGCCUUCAAUGACCUCUGGAGGCUUGACCUAAAUAGCAAAGAGUGGAUCCGACCUUUGGCUUCAGGGUCCUAUCCUUCCCCCAAAGCUGGAGCGACUCUGGUCGUAUACAAGGACUUGCUGGUGCUGUUUGGUGGCUGGACACGGCCAAGCCCUUAUCCCUUACACCAACCAGAGAGAUUCUUUGAUGAAAUACACACUUACUCACCCUCUAAAAACUGGUGGAACUGCAUUGUGACAACCCAUGGGCCGCCUCCCAUGGCUGGCCACUCUUCCUGUGUGAUCGACGAUAAAAUGAUUGUCUUUGGUGGCUCCUUAGGAUCCCGGCAAAUGAGCAACGAUGUAUGGGUCCUGGACCUUGAGCAGUGGGCGUGGUCCAAACCGAACAUCUCUGGCCCCAGUCCUCAUCCUCGAGGUGGCCAAUCUCAGAUUGUCAUAGAUGACUCCACUAUCUUAAUCCUUGGAGGAUGUGGUGGUCCCAAUGCUCUGUUCAAGGAUGCCUGGCUGCUGCACAUGCACCCAGGUCCCUGGGCCUGGCAGCCACUCAAGGUCGAAAAUGAAGAUCAUGGGGCCCCGGAACUGUGGUGUCACCCAGCCUGCCGGGUGGGGCAGUGUGUAGUGGUCUUCAGCCAAGCUCCUAGUGGAAGAGCCCCACUGAGCCCGAGUCUGAACUCCCGCCCAUCACCUAUCAGUGCCACCCCACCAGCCUUGGUUCCCGAAACCCGAGAGUACCGUUCCCAGUCUCCAGUAAGAAGCAUGGAUGAAGCUCCUUGUGUUAAUGGUCGCUGGGGAACACUGAGACCCAGGGCUCCACGGCAGACUCCCUCAGGUUCCCGGGAAGGAAGUCUUUCCCCAGCCAGAGGAGAUGGCUCUCCUAUCCUCAAUGGUGGAAGUUUAUCUCCAGGAACGGCAGCAGUAGGUGGCUCCUCCUUGGACAGCCCUGUGCAGGCCAUAUCUCCAAGCACUCCUUCUGCCUCUGAAGGAUAUGACCUAAAAAUAGGACUUUCUGUGGCCCCCCGACGAGGAUCACUCCCAGAUCAGAAAGAUCUGAGGUUAGGAUCAAUAGAUCUGAAUUGGGAUCUCAAACCCACAUCCAGUAGCAAUCAUAUGGAUGGUGUGGACAGCAGGACAGUUGGGGCAAGUGCAAGACACCCUCCUGAACAGACAAAUGGUGUGCAUACCCCACCCCACGUGGCCACUGCCCUUGCAGGGGCAGUCUCCCCAGGUGCCCUGCGUCGGAGUCUGGAAGCCAUCAAAGGAAUGCCAUCCAAAGGCCCCUCAGCCUCUGUGGCACUAAGCCCUCCACUGGGGUCUUCUCCAGGCUCCCCGGGGAGCCAGAGCCUGAGCAGUGGAGAGACAGUGCCAGUCCCCCGCCCAGGGCCUGCUCAAGGGGAUGGACAUUCCUUACCUCCCAUUGCCCGCCGCUUGGGCCACCACCCUCCACAGUCCCUCAACGUUGGCAAACCCCUCUACCAGAGUAUGAACUGCAAGCCCAUGCAGAUGUAUGUGCUGGACAUUAAAGACACCAAGGAGAAGGGACGAGUCAAAUGGAAAGUAUUUAAUAGCAGUUCUGUGGUCGGACCUCCUGAAACCAGCCUGCACACAGUGGUGCAAGGCAGGGGCGAACUCAUCAUAUUCGGAGGGCUAAUGGACAAGAAACAGAAUGUGAAAUACUAUCCAAAAACAAACGCCUUGUAUUUUGUGCGAGCAAAGAGAUAAUAUGCUCUAAACUCCUUUCCCUUUCUGUGGCUUUUAAUUUGCAAUUUUCCAGUGGGCAAGCAUUUGGACUGAGAAUUGGGAAAACAAAGAACAAAACUAUUCCCAUAAACCAAAACUCCAGUUCCCAGCCUAACUCACUUCAGGCUGGGACCAAAUCUCCAUUAAGAAGAAGAAGAAAAAAUAUAAAUAUAUAUAUAUAUAUAAAUAUAUAUACUAUAGCCAACUCUGUUUACAAAAGGGGAGAGAUCUCCAUCCUGGUUCAGAUAAACUUGUUGCUGUGUUUUAGCAGAGGCUGUGCUGCCUUUUUCUACUUUGCUGGUAACUAGACCAAGAAUUUAGGGAACAGACUAAGUAGUAUCAGUAACUUUCCAAAAGAAACUGAAGUGUCCCUGUAAAUCUUUCUGUGGCCUUUUCAGAGUUAGAAAAAGAAAGGGCGUGUUGUAAGGUCUAAAAGUGGAGGUUUUCAGGUUCACCACUUCAGGUGCUGGCACGGUAAGAGUAGCCUAUAACAAGCUGUUCCUCCCACUCUCUUCUGAAAGUCACAGGAGACCUGUGAAAGCAGCUCUCUCUUUGAGGUACUGUCCUACGUCUGGCCCCCUUCUGCCCUUUUUGAAUGAAGAAAGUUCCCCAGUGAGGAUUUGGUUCCA